AUGGCCGCCAUACUGAAGAAGCCCCUUAAGCUUGCUUUGGUGCAGCUUGCAUCAGGCGCAGACAAAGCUGCGAAUCUUGCCCACGCCCGCACGAAGGUCCUCGAAGCUGCAAAGGCCGGCGCGUCGUUGAUUGUCCUCCCCGAAUGCUUCAACUCCCCAUAUGGUACUCAAUACUUCCCUAAAUAUGCCGAGACUCUUCUUCCGUCUCCCCCAACCAAAGAGCAGUCUCCGUCUUAUCACGCUUUAUCUGCUAUCGCCGCCGAGGCCAAGGCGUAUCUCGUAGGAGGCAGCAUCCCGGAACUUGAGACCACGUCCAAUAAGUACUACAACACAUCGCUGGUAUUCUCACCUUCUGGUGCGCUCAUCGGAACCCACCGCAAGACACACUUGUUCGACAUCGAUAUCCCCGGCAAGAUCACAUUCAAGGAGAGCGAGGUAUUGUCGCCCGGGAACCAAUUGACUGUUGUUGAUCUCCCUGACUACGGCAAAAUCGGGCUGGCCAUUUGCUAUGAUAUCCGUUUCCCCGAGCCCGGCAUGACCGCCGCACGGAAUGGCGCAUUCGCGCUUAUCUAUCCUGGUGCUUUCAACACGACCACUGGCCCCUUGCACUGGCAGCUACUCGCUCGUGCCCGCGCAGUUGACAAUCAAGUGUAUGUGGCAUUGUGCAGUCCCGCGCGAGACACGACUGCCACCUACCAUGCGUACGGCCACAGUUUGGUCGCGGACCCUAGCGCGAAAAUUCUGUCAGAGGCAGAAGAAUCAGAGAACAUCGUUUACGCCCAACUCGACCCUGAGACGAUCGAUAGUACGCGAAAGGGUAUUCCCAUCUACACCCAACGCCGGUUUGACUUGUACCCGGACGUGAGCGCCGGCAAGAACUAA